GGCCACCCUGGGCAUUCAAGCCUUGGCACGCAUGCUCCUUUCCCUUGGCCUGCUGGCUGGCUCCUUGCUUUGCUCUCCUCUCUCUCUCUCUCUCUCUCUCUGAGCCUCUUCUUGGCCACUCCCAUUCAGAAGUUCACCUGCCGCACCAGCGUAUCCAGCAGACUGAAAUUCCUGUACGGAGAAGGCCAGAUCAUCUAAGGAGGCAAAGAUCCCUUCGGCUGUAAGGCCCCCCCCAUCGCCACUGCUUGAGUGCCCGAGGGAGGCAGAAUGAUGAGGGUGAAGUCCGUGAAGAUUGGGGUCCUGGCGGUCCUCCUUCUGGCCAUCGUCGUUUUUGUCGGGCUUUUCUUUGGACUGCGCCCUAAGCCUCCCCCCAAGCACCACAAGGCGGAGGUCUACAGCAAGGCGGCCGUGGCCACAGACGCCGGUCCCUGUUCCCUCGUCGGCAGGGACAUCCUUCAGAAAGGAGGUUCUGCCGUUGACUCAGCCAUCGCUGCUCUUCUCUGCGUGGGCCUGAUGAACCCCCACAGCAUGGGCAUCGGUGGGGGCCUUUACUUCACCAUCUACACGGCCGACGGGAAAGUGGAAGUCAUCAACGCCAGGGAGGUGGCACCAAAGAACGCCUCCCAGGACAUGUUCGGGAACGACACGAAGCGGUCCCUGAAAGGGGGUUUGUCCAUUGCAGUUCCAGGAGAAAUCCGGGGCUACGAAAUGGCGCACCGGCGUCACGGCCAGCUGCCCUGGAAGGACCUCUUUUUGGCCAGUAUCCGACUGGCAAGGGAGGGGUUCCCAGUCGGGAAGGGACUGGCCCGCGCCCUGGAGAGCAAGAAAGCAGACAUCGAGAGCAACCCGUCCUUGUGCGAAGUCUUCUGCAAAGAAGGGAAAGUCCUCCAGGAGAACGAGACCCUCGCCCUGCCCACGCUGGCCGACACCUACGAGAUUCUGGCCAACGAGGGGCCGGAUGCCUUUUAUACCGGGCGAUUAGCCCAGCAGAUUGUCAGGGACGUCCAGGGAGCAGGAGGCAUUCUCACCCUGGAGGACCUGAGGGACUACCAGCCCAUUCUGGAGGAAAACCCCUUGAAGGUGCCCAUGGGGCCGUUCACCAUGUACACCCCGGGCGCCCCCUUGAGCGGUCCUGUGCUGGCGCUCAUCCUCAACAUCCUGAAAGGGUACCAUUUCUCCCCGAAGAAUGUGGUGACUCUGGAAGAAAAGGGCUUGACUUACCACCGCAUCUUGGAAGCCUUCCGCUUCGCCUACGCCAAGAGGACCCUGCUCGGGGACCCCACCUUCAUCAACGUCACCGAGGUCAUCCGGAACAUGACGUCCGAGUACUUUGCGGAGGGUCUGCGGGCCAAAAUCACGGACACCACUCACGCCAUUGAAUACUACGAGCCCGAGUACUACACGCCGGACACUGCGGGUACCUCUCACGUCUCUGUUGUGGCUGAGGAUGGCAGCGCCGUCUCUGCUACCAGCACCAUCAACCAAUACUUUGGCUCUGAUGUCCGCUCCAACGUGAGUGGGAUCAUCUUCAACGAUGAGAUGGAUGACUUCAGCUCCCCUUACAUCGUCAAUGGCUUUGGGGUUGCCCCUUCUGUUCCAAACUUCAUUGCCCCGGGUAAACGGCCGACCUCGUCCAUGUGUCCGACGAUCCUGGUGGAUGAGAGGAACCAGGUCCGGAUGGUGGUCGGCGCUUCGGGUGGGACGAAGAUCACCACGGCGACCGCACUGACCAUCAUCAACACCCUUUGGUUGGACUACGACCUGAAGGCCGCAGUGGAAGAGCCCCGCAUCCACAACCAGUUGUUGCCCCCGUCUACUCAGCUGGAGGAGACAGUGGCAAAGGAACUAGAAGAUGAACUGAAGAAAAGGAACCACGAGAUCCUCCGGACCCGAGGGGAGGCGGUUGUGCAGGCCAUCCUGAGGACGGGAGGGGGCUGGGCGGCAGCCUCGGAUUCCCGGAAAGGGGGCUUUCCCGCCGGCUACUGAAGGGCUCUCCAACCACUUGGAGGGACCAGGGGUUGGGCUGCAGGCGCUAUCUGUCCCUUGGGGGGAAUUAAUGUGGGCCGUGGAGGUGGCUGGUCAGGACAGUGGCCGGCCCUUUAGCCAGCACGCUGUGUGUCCUCCUUGUUUCGAGGUGAUAAAAGUUACUCUCUCGGCUGUCUUGAUCUGUCUCGUCCAAGGAGGCGCCCCAAAUCGUGAGAGGACGUGGUUUGAGGACUGGAAUCCAGCCUGGGUGGACAGAGAGGCCGCCCUCUGAAACCUUUCGGGGGAGGAAAGACACUUGGGAGAGAGUCCUGCCUCGUGCAGAGAUUCUGACGCCGGGCAGAAGACAGACCGCGCGGCCCCUCAAAUCAUCCUCAAAGAAGGGGGAAUUCACCCGGGCGAUGGGAAGGGAGGAGGAGGAGGAGGAGAGAGGAAGAAAAUCCGCAGAACCACCCGAGGGGACGCCCAGCUCCCG